AGAAGAAGACCCGGAAAACAUUCCUUUAUUUUUUUCUAGACACGUAGCUAGCAACGAAGUUGGCGAAGUCCAGUGUUGAAUUGUUCAACGUUGCAGGUAACAACGACGGUCAAAAAUGUCAGGGUUUGACAACUUAAACACAGAUUUCUACCAGUCCAGUUACAGUGUCGAUGACCAAGGCCAACCCACUGGAUAUGGCAACAGUAACACAGAAGACCCCUACAAACAGGGUCAGUAUGACUACUCCCAACCGAUGGGAUACCCAGCCCCAGGGAUGAUGCAACCCCAGCAGCCCUACACAGGCCAAAUCUACCAGCCCACACCAGCCUUCACACCUUCCCCCACACAGUCCAUGUACGGCAGCAGCUUUGACGACGAGCCCCCGCUGCUGGAGGAAUUGGGCAUUAACUUUGACCACAUCUGGCAGAAGACCCUGACAGUGCUCCACCCCAUGAAGGCAGCAGAUGGUAACAUUAUGAACGAGACUGACCUGGCUGGGCCCAUGGUGUUCUGUCUGGCCUUCGGAGCCACCUUACUUCUGACAGGAAAGAUCCAGUUUGGCUAUGUGUACGGCAUCAGCGUCAUCGGCUGCCUGGGGAUGUACUGCCUCCUCAACCUAAUGAGCAUGACAGGUGUGUCGUUUGGCUGUGUCGCCAGUGUACUGGGCUACUGCCUGCUACCCAUGAUCCUCCUUGCCAGCUUCGGAAUCAUCUUCUCUUUACAAGGCAUGUUUGGAAUAAUCAUCGCAGCCACGAUAAUUGGCUGGUGCAGUUUCUCCGCUUCCAAGAUCUUCAUCUCAGCCCUGGCCAUGGACAGACAGCAGCUUCUGGUGGCGUACCCCUGUGCACUUCUCUACGGGGUGUUCGCCCUCAUCUCUGUCUUCUGAACUGUGUCUCCGUCUGUUUGUCGUCUACACCAUGCAGGAAAACGGCCCAGCAAACCCAACUAAGGACCAGUAAGAGGCGCUGCUGUGCUGCACUCCCAUCACAGUGCAGUGGUGUGGCCAGCUACCCUGUCAGUUGCAUUCCACUUUUACACCCGCCGACAGGGGUCAGCGCAAGAGUAUCAAUUCCAAACCCCUUCUUUUCAGGACUAAGGACCCAUCCACAGACCACCGCAAUCUUAUAUUUCAUGUAUAACUUGUUCUUUAUUCUGUGUUUGUUUGUUUUUUGUUUCUAAGAUUAAUUUGAGCUUUGAGGCCUUCAGAAAAUGGUUUGCACAGGUAUUUUAAAUGUUAUUCAACUGAAGCAGGAGACUUGAAAUGGAGUUGUUAGAAUAAGACCUUUUCGCAUAGAUUAACUAUCUCUUAUAUCAACAGCCCUCUCAUGCAUACAUACACAUCUGGGUACUCAGAGGUCUCCUUACAACUCAGAAAAUACAUGUUUUAUAAACCUGCUAUCAUUUUCACUCCAUUUUAUCUGUCCCGUUAUCCCUUUCUUAUAACUAUUUAAAUUGCUGAAACAUGAGGCGCUGCCUGACCAAAGCUCUGCCGUGUGGCAUUCUCCACUGUAUUUCCCAGCCCUGUAUGUGGUCAGGGAUGUGUUGGUUAUGCAGCUUGUGUGAUUGUAAACUUUGGUCAGUCAAAGUGCCUGCGUGAUGACACAGCUGUACACACACUGCACACACUCAAGUUAUGUCCAAAAUGAAUAAAAAAAUAGAUAUUUGUGAGGUUAAAAUGUUCUCCAUCUUUAUUGUAAGUUGAUAGUUUGUUGUUCAAGAUCACAUUAACCGCACUGCAGGGCCCUGGCCUACUGUGCUGUUAAGAUUUUCUUGUAUAUCCACAUUUUUCCACUAACAGAAAAGGCGUGACAAGGCUGUCAGCUGUGUUUAAUGGUAUUGCACUACAGGUCGGUCAAACCACACAAGAAGUAUCUCACAGAUCCUUUGAGAUUUUCUGUCUCUUAGUUUUGAACCAUUAUUUCCAUGAAGUUUGCAUUUGAUCGGUUUUCUGUGAUGCGUUUUUGAGCUGCAGGUUGACAUGGCACAUGAGCGCAUUGUUUAACUGUUGUCAUAGUUUCUUUUACUGUUCACUUUGGAAUGAUACUACAUUGUGGCUGUGAAUUUUGGUUUCGAACAAAGCUGUCACCUGAAAGGCACUGUUAAUGAGCACGGUUUUAUGGUCAUCAGUGGUUUCUCUCGGUUUUCCUAUAACUUUUGUGCUAAACCUGAGCUCCUCAAGGGAUGCCAUUUUAUAUAGCCCUCCUAAGAAUAAUGCAAAAAUUAAAAUGGAGUGCUUUUCUAUUUCAACAAACUGUACGUAAUGGGACACUUUGCAUUUAAAGCAACCAAGAGCCAUUUAUAGUGCUGCUCCUAUAUGGCCAAGUAUUUAUAUACUGUAUAAUUUGUUUUGUACAUUGAAAAGUCCCAAUGUUGUUCUUUUGUCAUGUUGAAAUUCUUGAUAAAUGGGCCAAGCGUCGUGCUUGUGUGGUUUUAUCGGCCACUAUCUAAAUAAAACAUUGGUCAUACAUGUAA